CUGACUCCGUUCGCCAGUGCCGCGUCGUCCGCCGAGCACAAUCGGCCGAUUUUCCAAGCCUUUCGAACUCAUCCUAACUGACUAAAAACGCGCCAAUACACGCCGGAUUUUUAUAACACAGUUUGUCAUUGGUUUCUUAUUCGAUUCAUUCGCGCGCGGUUCCAUACAACGCGAUAGAUAUAUUUUCUAAGGAAAAGUGUUUUAGUGCCGUGUACGAGUUUUUAUUAAACCCAAACGAUAAAGACAAAAAAAAAAGUAUAUCGAAAAUCGACUCGUUCGCGUCAAAGCUGGAGACCCAAACACAUGUGACCUUCGAAGAGAGCCAACAGCCCCGAAGUAAACAGGAGCGAUUAGCUGGUCACAGUGAUGCAACACCGGAGAAACAGAUAGAGAAGCGGGGAACCAAAUCAGAAGUGAUAUAGAAAAAUAAUCACGGGCAUUUCCAAAUCGCGUAAGUUAUGGCGUUUCGAUUAAGUGUGCGGUGGGUGCUGCUGGUGGCGGUUACCGCGAUAUCGGUAAAUGGACUGAGCGAUGGACCGGCCGGUGAAGAGGUCAAGGGGAGCAAUUUAAAAAUUCCAAAGAGUAUAAACCACGAGGGUAAAUUGGCUCAGAAUCUGAUACACCACGAAGAUCAUCAUUCGCCGAAUCACAAGUUUCGGGACUCCCUCGAAGAGGUCCCGACGUCCAACUCCAGGGUAGACACCCUCGAUGAUCCCACCUUCGAUUACAACGAAACCAGUUUCGACUCUUCGCCGGACAAGCCAUCAAAAUUCGACCGGGACAUAACGGAUCUGAUCCACACCGAUCUGAAGUCGAUGCACGACAGCGAAGCUGCCCGAUUGAAAGCUGAUUCGGAAAAUGGCUCCGCUUCCUUCGAAAAUCAUGCAAUGAAUUCCACGAGACGAUCGGAUGUCCCAGAGAUCGAAGACGAGGACGACGUCGAGCAAUCCUGUAAUUCCACGGUGUCUUUGGCUUGUUUGGAGCAAAAUUUGGAGGAGAAUUUGGACUACCUCGUCGACGCGAUGUCGACCAUCGACGUGUACAACGUGACGAAUUUCGCUCAGAUCGUUAGGAACGCGAGUGCCCCGGAGAACGACGUCGUCAAUAGCGAUUUAUCGGCCAUAGAAAAAUUAUCGCGUUACGCCAAGGAGCACAUACUCAGAUUAAAAAUGCCCGACGACUUCUCCCUGGCAAGGGGCUCUCGAACGUUCUUCGGUGCUAUUUUUCAGGAUAAGAGUUCCUUUUUAACAGGGUUCGGACUUGGUUUUCUAGCAUUCGGCCUGAAGAAACUCAUGCUGCCGUUGUUCGUCGGGAUGCAGAUUAUCAAGGGUGUGAUAGUGGCCCUAUUUUUGCCCAGCAUCCUCGGAGGAAUCGGAAAAAUCUUCGGAAAAGGACUCUCGACGUUCUCGCAGGUUUCUCAGGCAGCUACGGCUCAGCCCGAAGAAACUUUCGAGUUCAAGGACAACGCCGAUAUCUAUAACGAAGAUUACAUGCACAAUCAACCGAUCGGAACGCUCCCGGCAUCGGCGAUGUACGGUCAGCAAAGUAUGCUCAACAUCGGCGAUCAAUAUCCGGCGGCGUCGUCGGGAGUCUCGGCUAAUCAGAGAAUUUCCUACGUCAAUUCUUUGUCCGAUAAUUAUUAUUCGCGAAAUUCAAUGCUGGGUGCCAACAAGCGUCAGGAUUACAAGGUAUUCCACGAGAUCCCUACGAGCUCCCUGUUGCUGACGAAUUACGACCCAUUCUACUCGCCGCUUCUUUCGAGGCUUGACGCAGUUUUCAGCCGACUCGGACACUCCACCGAGGGAUGCCGAGAGUACGCAAUAUGCGCGAUGUACAAAAGUCCGGCGAGGUACGCGCCCUACUCGAAUCUCGUCUCGGCUCAACUUUCCAGGGAAUUGAACGAACUGCGGAAACCGACGUCGGACAAUCCGGACGUCCUGAGGUUUUUCAAGUACAUGAAAGCCGCGAAAGACGGACAGGACGGCGUACAAUGCGAAGAUAUUUACACGGAGUGUGCCAGCCGAGGUAAUCCAACCGGUCAAAACGAAGCGAUGCUAGCCACGUAUCAGGAUAUCAAUAAAUUGGUACAGGCGAGAAAAAUCUAACGAAUUAUCGACGCGUAGUCCGGAAUAGAACGUAGAUCGUAGAUGUCGGAAAGGAAAAGGUGAAGAAAUGCUCUUUCGAACAGGCGUAAUUUUGCCCGGUACAAUUUCGUCGGCGUGCUUUUCGUGGUUGGAUGUCAUUCACCGAUUCUAAGCCGGAUCUUCCAAAAUUGUGUUUUUUUUUUUUCUUUUUUUCUUUUUCUGCAAACGUGUGCACAAAAGUCGAGACAGAAUUGUACCAGGCUGUGAGGCUUUCGCGGUCGAGCCUGUACGAACUUUUUCUUUUAUUCUUUUUCUCAUUUCACCGUCCAUUAAAAACGACGAUCAAUUGAUUUUCACAUCGUCGUAGCUCACAACCAACCAAAAUAAUAUUGAGUGAAUAUAAUUUUAGACGGGAUUUUGUGGUAAACUGCGAUUCAAUUUCCGAUCGCGAAUGACUUUCAAGAUAUCAUUGAGCAUGAUAAGAUAAUGAAAACGAACGUUUCAAGAUUGGUACUUGAUUCGGCAGUUGACACGAAAUGAAAAUUGUUUUCUUUGUGUGCUAAACAAUCUAUUAUUAGAUGAAUGAUUCAUGAAUGUAUCGUAUUAGGUGUUUAUACAUAGUCCAGUAGUCCUUUGCAAUAACAUAUGUCCAUAUUUAUUUAAUUUAUUUGUAACAUAUUAAUAUUUGUAGUAACCACCAUUGAUAUGGUCAUCGAUAUACGAGUACGAAAUGAAAUAUCUGUAUUAAUAUUUAAUACGCGCGUAAAUGAGCGAAUGUGCUAUAUUUUGCGAGAUAUAUAUAUGCGAAAUAUGUAUAUGUAAAAUGUAAAGUGUAAGAAAUAAAAAAAAAAAAAUUUUUUAUCACAAAA